AUGGCUGGAGGUUCUGAUUUCGUCUGGAUCCCCCUCCUUCUCUCCUGUGUCUUUCAAGCUUCUGACAACAGACACGUCCACCAGGAUGUGUACACUCUAUCUGGCCAAACAGGACAUUCAGAGGUGGACCACAUUAUUUCAAAGAUACCAAUAACCCUCCCCGAAGGAAUUGAUCCCAAGAAUGUAAAUGUAACGACAAUUGUUCUGAAAACCUGUACUGGUAUGAAGGAAGAGCUGGCGCUGCUGAACAGGCAGCUCCAGCAGACAACUCUCCUCAACAGCCGGCUGGAUAACGAAGCCUUUGGCUUGAGGAGGGACGUCAGACUGCUGAAACUGGAGCUCGCCACAUGCAGUUCGACAGCCUCAGCUAUUACCACCUCUUAUCGAACCCAGUUGCACAACAAAGUGACACAGCUUCUCCAGACAUUUGAUAGUGACGCGUUCCUGAUUCUGAAAAUCAUUGCUCUCACCAGGGAGGUGAGGGCAUUGCAGAAGAAGGUCAAACAUGCUGCUAAUUCUACAGAAACCACCGCUGAAAGCAGAGUGCUGCAGAGGGAGCUGGAAGAGAAAAACGCUGAAUUGAAUAAAAAGAUGCAGCAGAUUGAGAGAAGCCACUCAAACUCAUCGCUGAUAUUUCAGAUCAUCUCACUGCAAAAUCAGAUCUGGGAUUUGGAACAGGCGAGACGAGGAGAAACUAGUCUUCAACCCGACAAUAGAAUUCUGGCUCUGCAACAGCAACUGGACAGGAAGAUCAGUCAGCUGCGACACAAAGGAGAUGCAGAAUCAGCAAUGCUGGAGCUGAUUUCUGUGCACAGUAAGAUCGCAGUGAUGCAGAGGCUCAUCAGUGUCCACAUUGAAAAAUCCAGAACUAAUUUUGCUGAUUACCAGAGGCAAUGGAGGCAAAAAAUUGAGCUCCUGAAAAAGAAAAUUUUACAGUUAAAUCGUGAGGAGAGAAACUCAGAACUUACUAAGGAGAUUUUGAAGCUGCAGACAGAAGUGGACCAUUUUAGACAGUUAAUGUCAGACGCCAAAACGACAACUGAUUUGCAGCUUAAAGAGCUGAGAGCUAAUUUGGAGGAGGAGAGGAAACAUCAAGAAAAGUUACAGAAAGAACUGGAGGAAGCAGAGUAUGCCCAGGCACAACUGAUCAUGAAAAUCAUCAGCACAAUGAAAGAGGUGAGAGAGCUGCAGGUUGAUGAGCAGGACCAGGCGACAUCGACGAGUCAAGCGACCAAAUGCUCAGGAUCUGAGGCGAGAUAUGACCAAGUAAAGACUGAAUUUGAACAGAAGAUUGCAGAAUUGAAAAGAGCCGGAGACUCGAAAGCAGCACUCACGCUGACCGUGAUAAACCUGCACAAUGAGCUGAGGACUCUGAGGGAGCUGAUCUCCACCACAGACGACCCAGAGAGGAUCUCAGAGCUGCAGAGGCAGCUGGAGGAAAAGCAAGAAGAACUGAACUCCAAGACUGCAGACAUAGAGGGACUGCUUGCUAAUCCAAGAACAAUUUUGAAAAUCAUUGAGCUGCAGAAUGAGAUAUGGGACCUUCAGAAAAAGGCUGCCAAUGAGACCAAUGAUGACCGUCUAAAAGAGCUGCAAAACAGAGUGGAUGGCCUUAUCGCUGAAAUAGACGACAAAGGCAACGGAGACACAAAACUGAUGCUGAAAAUCAUAACCCUGCAGAAUCAGCUGGGGCAGCUGCAGAGGCAGCUGUCAGACCUCCAGAUGCUCCAAACCAGUCAGGCGGCCCAGUUCAGAGAUGAUCUUAGGACCAAGAAGGACAAGCUGCAGAAAUAUGUCAACGAGCUGAAAGAGAAGAAUCAGACAAAUGCCAGGUUGAUUCUUACAGCCACUGAUCUGCAGAACCAGCUCAGAAACCUCGAAAACGAGCGACACAAUGAUAACGCAACAUCGUCUUUAACCAUUACCCAGCUGAGGCAGCAACUGCAGGCAAAAACAGAGGAGCACUCUCGUGAUCAAGCUCGAAUCGAGGAGCUGCAGAGGAAACUGCGGGUAAAGACUGAAGAAUGCUCCGGAUUUGAGGAAAGAUAUGAGGAGGUAAAGACUGAAUUUGAACAGAAGAUUGCAGAAUUGAACAGAACCGGAGUCUCGAAAGCAGCACUCACUCUGAACGUGAUGAACCUGCACAAUGAGCUGAGGACUCUGAGGGAGCUGAUCUCCGCCACAGACGACCCAGAGAGGAUCUCAGAGCUGCAGAGGCAACUAGAGAAGAAGCAAGAAGAUCUGAACUCCAAGACUGCAGACUUAGAGAGACUAAUUGCAAACCCCAAAAUAGUUUUGACAAUCAUUGAGCUGCAGAAUGAGAUAUGGGACCUUCAGAAAAAGGCUGGCAAUGAGACCGAUGGUGACAGUCUAAAAGAGUUGCAAAGCAGACUGAACGGCCUUAUCACUGAAAUAGACGACAAAGCCGACGGACACACAAAACUGAUGCUGAAAAUCAUAAGCCUGCAGAGUCAGGUGGAGCAGCUGCAGAGACAGCUGUCAGACCUCCAGGUGUCACAAACUGCUCAGGCGACCCAGCUCACAAAUGAUCUUGCAACGAAGAAGAAAGAGCUGCAGAAAUAUGUCAGUGAGCUGACUGAGAAGAAUCAGACGAAUGCCAGGUUGAUUCUGACAGUCACAGAUCUGCACAACCAACUCAGAAACCUAGAAAGAGAGAAGCACAAGGAGGGCCAAACAGCUUCUGCUACAAUUACCAAGCUGAGGGAACAGCUGAAGGAAAAAGUGGAGGAGCACACUCGUGAUCGGGCUGAGAUCGAGGCUCUGCAGAAUCAACUGAGCCAGACGGAGGCACAGUGUUCCAGGUUUGAGCAGAAACUUCAGGAUCUGCAGAAUGACCUGGACGCUAAAAUGAAGGAACUGCAGUCCAAAUCUGACACCGUUACUUCACUUGCCCUUCAAGUUUCUACCUUAACUCUGCAGCUGGAGGAGCUAAAGAGACAACUACAGAACACUGAAUCUGAAACCAAGAUAAAAGAACUUCAGAAAAUUAUAGAUGAGAAAACGGCUGAGCUGGCUAAAAGAACAGAGGAGCUAAAAGCAAGAAGUGCUCAACCACAAAGAUUUCUACAGAUUAUUGCCAUUCAAACAGAGAUUGAGAAACUGGUGAAUGUGGCAGCAAAUGACACAGAUUUCAAUAAGCUUAGCGGACUCCAAGACCACUUGAAUAAUCUGAUUGAUGGAAUUCAAGAUGAAAACGAUGAAAAUACUAAACUGAUGUUUACAAUCUUGGCUCAGCGAGAUGAAAUAGCAAGACUGAAGAAGCAAGAGAACAUUCAGAUACAAGCAGAACUGGACAAAAUUAAAGAACUGGAGAAUGAACUGGAGGAUGUCAGAAAUCAGAUAAAAGAAAAGACACUGGUCCUGGACUCAAGUGACACGAGGAUCGCUAAUCUAUCCGCUCAGAUUAUGAAGCUUCACAUGAAAAUCAAACCCCUGGAAGAAGAGAUAGCAUUCCUCAAAGAAACUAACACUGAGAACCAAGAAGAGCUUCAAAAGAAACUGGAUUUGUCCAAGAGGCAACUGCAAGACAGUGAACUUCGACUCAAGGAAGCAGAUACAAAGAAUUUCAACUUGAUCAUGGAGAUUGCUGAUCUGAGGACAAAACUGAAAAAGGCUCAGAGGCAGGCAUCCAGGGCUGCUAAGCAAGAUAUCAACGAAUUGGAACAACAAGCACAAACACUGCAAAAAGAGAACAAAAAACUUGAAAAUACAAAUAGAGACUUAAAGCAAGAGGUCAAGGAACUGACAAUGUGCUGCGAAGAUGCCAAUACCCAGUGUGACGAUUUGCAAAGGCAGCUGCAACAGAGCCAGGAGGAUGCAGAUCGCCUGCAGCAGCAGCUACACGACAGGGAUGCCAACCUGAAACAGCUGCAGCAGGAGCUAGAAGAACAGACGAGGAAGAAUACCAGGCUGCUGGAUGAAUACAACAACUUAGAGAGACAAAGGAAUCAGACCCAGGACAACACUGAUCACCUGCUGCAGCAGCUGCAUGAGAAGGACGCUGCGCUCAACCAGCUGCAGCACAAGUUAAAAGAACAGACCAGGAAGAAUAACAGACUGCAGGACGACUACAACAAUCUCCAAAACAAAGUGACUGAAGUGGAAGAUAAAACCAUCUAUCCCAGCAAGAUAACCAUGGAUCCAAACACGGCAAACCCAAGAAUAAUGCUGUCUGCAGAUAACACUGAGAUAUCCACUACUACGGAAAUGCAAAAUGUCCCAGACAAUCCAGGCCGCUUUGAUGUGUCUCUCGCUGUCCUGGGUCAGAAUGGCUUCUCAUCUGGCAGACAUUACUGGGAGGUGUCUGUAGCUGGAAAGCUUUGUUUCCAUCUCGGGAUGGCCAGUGAAUCUGCUUCAAGAAGGGGAACGAUAAUAUUCACGCCAGCAAAUGGUUUCUGGACUGUAGUCCUGAACAAACAGGGUCAGUACAGAGCUAUUGAUAGAAGACCUGUUAUUAUUCCACUUCAGACGCAACCUCUGACACUGGGCAUUCUGCUGGACAUCAAGCAGGGACGGAUCUCUUUUUACGACGCUGGUGCAAGAACUCAUAUGUACUCAUUUGUAGGUCAAAGGUUUACAGACAAUAUUUAUCCAUUUAUUAAUUUUUGUGUUGAGGAUGUUGAAAAUCAGACUCCAAUUGUGUUACUUCCUCAAGGAUCAGUUGACUGGAUAAAAUAGAGAACACUGAAAGUUAUGUUUUGUCCUGUGUCAAAUCUUCACCAUUUAUGGACAUCUCAGUAGGUAAUAAAACAAUCCCUGUGACUGCAGAGUAAUUCUCACACACCCUUAUUAUCACUGCUGCUGAAUG